AUGCCGCCAACCGAGUCAUUCCGAACUAGCGACAUUCCUGACGCCGAGGGCUUGUCCGAAGUUCCUCAGAGAUCAGAUGUCGGCAAGUAUGCUGAUGACGACGAAAUGGAGCACGAGCCAGUUGAAGGUUCAGCCGCCGCCGCGGGUCUCUCCGAACGUGACACCUCAACCACCAGCGCUCACCCGGCCACGACCACAACUCAGGAGCCAGCCGAGGAUGGCUCUUUACACGGAGACGCUGUUGAGAAACCCACUGCCGAGGGCAACGAUACAGUGUGCAAUGUAGCGAGCGGUUCAGUAGACAUGCGGACAACCGAAGCCGAUCAGGAUGCUCACCGGCCCACAAAGGAUCCGGCUGUGCACGCAUCGACUGCGGGGGCACCAGAUGGCGAUGGAGAAGGUGAGCGUAAACCAGUUGAGGACUCAAUUCCUCCCGCAGAUCUCUCCUUGCCUGUGGAGCAGAACACUUCCACUAAGGACAACGCCCCGACCAUUACCACAACUCAGGAGGCUGCUGGUGAGGGUUCGUCACACGAAGAGACUGUUGAAGAAGCCACCACUGACGGCGCUCCUCUUGCGUCCUCCUCGGUGCACUCGUUUGACGGUGAAGGCUCUUCAAACGAGAAGGGCGCUGAUCGACCACAUGUGCCGAACCGAGCCGAGGAAUCCAACGUGCUGAUCCAUGAUCAUGCAGGUAUGCUGCCAACCGAGUCAUUCCAAACUACCGACAUUCCUGACGCCGAUGGCUUGGGCGAGGGUUCUCAGAGAUCAGAUGUGGGCAAGGGUGCUGAUAACAACGAAAUGGAGCACGAGCCAGUUGGAGCUUCAGCAGCCGGCGAAGGUCACUCCGAGCGUGACACCUCAACUACCAGCGCUCACCCGGCUACGACCGCAACUCGAGAGCCAGCCGAGGAAGACUCUUUACACGGAGACGCUGUUGAGAAACCCGCUGCCGACGGCAACGGUGCA